UGGUGGGGAUGAGUUGCGUGCUGUCCGCAGCUGGGUACUCCCCCGUCUGGUCGCGUUCGCGGCUGCCCGCGUUCAUCCCGUCCGCGGCUGCUGCCCGCGUUCGUCCCGUCCGUAGCUGCUGCCCGCGUUCGUCCCGUCCUCGGCGCUGCCCGCGUUCGUCCCGUCCGCGGCGGCUGCCCCCGUUCGUCCCGUCCGCGGCGGCUGCCCGCGUUCGUCCCGUCCGCGGCGGCUGCCCGCGUUCGUCCCGACCGCGGCGGCUGUCCGCGGAUGUCGCGUCCGCGCUGCCCGUCGGCGCGGACGUCGCGACCGCCCUCGUCGUCGGCGCGGGUGGCGCGUCCGCGCUGCCCGUCGGCGCGGACGUCGCGACCGCCCUCGUCGUCGGCGCGGGUGGCGCGUCCGCGCUGCCCGUCGGCGCGGACGUCGCGACCGCCGUCGUCGUCGGCGCGGGUGUCGCGUCCGCGCUGCCCGUCGGCGCGGACGUCGCGUCCGCCCUCGUCGUCGGCGCGGAUGUCGCGUCCGCGCUGCCCGUCGGCGCGGACGUCGCGUCCGCCCUCGUCGUCGGCGCGGACGUCGCGUCCGCGGUUGUCGGUCGCGGUCGUCGCGUCCGCGGCUGA